AAUGCCUGUUUGAUUUUAAAAGAAAAUUAACUACAAAAUUUGUGGCAGACAGUUUUUCUGAAUAUGCGAAAAAAGUUACAUUUUUCCAUUGUUUUGCAGGCGAAUUUAGAAGGAUUGAGUUGUUGCAGCUUUCUCUUUAGUUUAUAAAAUCGUAGCCAGUGAUCUUCCGGGUGCAGCCGAAGACUAGUCUUCAGGAUGUCUUGGUGCACUAUCGAGUCGGAUCCCGGCGUGUUCACAGAACUUAUUCAACAUAUGCAAGUCAAAGGAGUUCAGGUUGAAGAGCUAUAUUCACUAGACUUGGAAUCCCUAAACAAUCUUUGGCCAGUUUAUGGCUUAGUAUUCCUUUUCAAGUGGAGGCCAGGAGAAAAAGAUGAUCGAUCUGUACUGGAAGAUUAUAGCCCAAAUUUGUUCUUUGCAAGCCAGGUGAUCAACAAUGCUUGUGCAACUCAGGCAAUUCUUUCAAUUCUCAUGAAUUGUGCAGAUAUUGAUAUUGGCCCAGAACUGUCAAAUUUGAAGGAGUUUACCAAAAAUUUUCCACCUGAGCUCAAAGGGCUUGCUAUCAACAAUAGCGAAGCAAUUCGAACUGCUCACAAUAGCUUUGCUAGACCAGAACCCUUUGUUUCUGAUGAACAGAAACUUGCUGAGAAAGAUGAUGACGUAUAUCAUUUCAUAAGCUAUAUACCUGUUGAUAACACAUUAUAUGAGUUGGACGGAUUGAAGGAAGGGCCCAUCAGUCUUGGACAGUUCAAUGGAGGUCGAAACAGCUUAGAAUGGUUGAAGAUGGUUCAACCAGUAAUUCAAGAAAGGAUUGAAAAAUAUUCCAAAAGUGAAAUAAGAUUCAACCUCAUGGCUAUCAUAAAAAAUAGAAAAGAUAUAUAUACUGCAGAACUUAAUGAUCUUCAGAGUAGGAAAGAUCAGAUUAUGCAGCAGUUGGCAGCCACAAAAUGCAAUGGAGAAGAUAGAAUGGAAGUAGAUUCUGGGCAAGGAAGACAUAGCACUACCAUUGAAGUGCUGGACAGGUCGCUCCUGGAAAUUGAUGCAGACAUUGAUAUUGUCAAGGAGAAGAUAUUGUUUGAGGAAGAGAAAUUCAAGAAAUGGAGGACUGAGAAUAUUCGUAGGAAGCAUAAUUACAUACCAUUUUUGUUCAAUUUUCUCAGAAUGUUGGCUGAGAGAAAGAAACUCAAACCUCUGAUUGAAAAGGCGAGACAAAAGACAUGAAUGAUCUUUGUGUGAAUAUAAUUUGCAAGUGAGACAUCGAAUGAUAUGCAGAAGGAGUUGGGGUAUUUAUUUUUAUUACAUUAAAUGGAAGGAAGCUCGACAUCGUUUCCUAGCUAAUUUUGGUCAUUUGUUGGCCUAAAUAUAAUAUUUUUUUUUUGUUAUUUGUUUUCAAUUCAUGGAUCAAACUAUCUCCAAAUUAUUGAAAUCUUUAUAAGAUUUUACUUCUCAACCAUUGUAAAAUAACAGGCAAUUGUUUCCAAAUUGUAACUUAAAAAUUUCAAAAGUGCAGGUUACAGUCGGUUA